AAUUUUUUUUUUUGUAGUAUUUGAAAUCAUCAUUCUUUUUGUUUCUUUUUUUUUACAUCUGCUGCUGCUUCAUCAUGUUACAAUGAACUACAAAUGCAGAAUUUUGACAACAAACAAAACAACGCACCAUCCUGAUUUCUGUUUCACUGAUUCAUCAUAAUUCACAAAUAAAUAUAUAAUAACGAUAGCUGAACAAUUUUCUAGUGAUUCUGGUUCAUCAUCAUCUCAUUCUGUGUUUUUAUCUCAGUGUAUUAAUCAGUGUGUGUCUUUAUUCAAUUUGUAGUAGUCAAAUUUGCCUCAAAUUUUCAAAAUAAAAAUUCCUAAUGAUAUUUGGCAUGAACAUACAGCCACCAAUACCACCACCACAUCAUCAUCAUCAUCAUUUAUUUGCCGACGUAUCGACACAUCGACGAGCAUUAUCCACAACAUCAAACAGAAUGGCAUUGGCCAAUGUAACCACAUUAAGUGACGAAGGCGUUGAAGGCGAUUCCGAUUCUGAACAACCAAUCACUCAACAUUCACAAACAUCUCAACAUCACAAUCAUCAUCAUCAUCAUCAUACUCGUGAAUCAAAUAUCAGCAAAUCAUCAAAUUCAACAAAUACAUAUAAAGCUACGAUGGAAGAUUUGACAUAUGUUUCACGACGGAAACGUUUUCGUAGUGAUGAAGAAUUUGAUGCUGAUGAUGAUGAUGGUGAUGUUGACGAUGAUGAUGAUGAUGAUGAUGAUGAUGAUAUUGUUAAUGAUCGUGAUGGUGGUGGUAGUAGUGGACGUGGUGAUGGAGAUGAUAAUAAUGCCCUAACUGAUGGUAAUGAUACUAUGGGCAAUAAUGGAAAUGAUUCGGUACAGGAUACCGAUAGUAAUGAAGGCGAUGAUGAAGAGGAAAUGAAUGAAAAUAUGACAAAAUUAACAUCAACCAAAUCAUCAUCAUCAUCAACAUCAUCCCGUAAACGAUUUAAAUCAUCUUCAUCAAUACAACAUAAUGGAAAUCUAUCAAGCGACGAUCUCAAAAACAGUCUAACGGACCAAAUACCUUCAACACAAUAUAGUAAAUCAACUAAUAUAAGUCAUCAUCAUAAUUAUCCACAUCAUCAUCAUCAUCAUCAUCAUCAUCAUCAUUCACAUCAUAAUCGUAAGAUGGGCAAUGGCAAUCUAUCAAGACGUAAUGAGAAUAAAGAUCGUGCAAAUAAAAGAUCAACUAUGGAUGAAGUGUUAAAACGUUUGAAUAAAGUGAAUAAUCAAAAUGAUUCAGAUUCUAAAUCAGUUAAAAGUGAAGAUGGUGAUUCAGUGAUUGAUCUUCAACAAAAACAGCAACAACAACAACGUUUAUUAUCAAUAAAUGGUGGUAGUAGUUGUGGUACACGUAACGAUAUUUCAACCACCCCAACUAGUAAUGUCAAAUCUUCAUCUAGAUCGAUUUCACAACAACAACAACAACAGCAAGGAUCUGCGACAGAUUUUCCAUUCGCUAUUAACCUUAAUCUAAUACCCGGUUUAACAGCAUCGAAUAAUGAUGGAAAUCUAAAUGUAAUGGAAGCUGAACAACAAUUAUCUUCAUUAAUUGAUCAAUUGAAAAUGUUUCGAUCAAAAUUAGUUAAUCAACAACAACAUCAACAACCAUUGACACCUGAAGAUGAUAUGGCUAAUAACAGUGGUGGUGAUAAUAAAAAACAAAAGGAACAAACCAACAACAAUAUCCUGGAAACUCAACAACAAAAAAUAACCGAUCUUCAGCAACGUAUCAAUAGUCAUUAUCUUCAAUCGGCAGCAUUACCAAACAUUUGUCAGGCAACAGCUGCUAUGGCAGCCGCUUCCGCAGCAGCAUUACCACCAUCAGCGGCUGCUGCUCAAUUAAUGUUAUUCAAUCUUAAUGGUUUAUCACCAUUCAUCAACAAUACGCCAUUCCUAAAUGGAAAUUCAUUGGCAAAUUCAACAAAUCCAUUAGCCGCCGCUGCAUUAGCUGCUGCUGCAGCGGCUCAAGUAUCCAAUACUAAUGAAUCAGAUAAUCCAAUAUUUUCAAUGACUCAAUCUUCUGUUCCAGCGGCCAAUAGUCCUCCAAUGAAAAGUACAAAUAGCAAUAGCAACAAAUUAACAAAAGGAGACGAAACAUCAACGAACAAUGAGACAACAUCAACUCCUUUGAAUUUAAGUAAACCUAAAUCGUCAUCCAAUAAUGGCUCAAAUGAAACUUUCAAACAUGACAUACAUCAUCGAGGAUCAUUUGGUGGAGGAUCGGGCAAUAAUGCAUCAUGUAGGCCAGUGAUUAGCUCUCCAUCAUCAACAACAAAUUCAACGACACAUACACCAUCAUCACCGAUAUCGGCGUUUCCAUCACUACCUCAUACCGAUCAGCAAUCAUUACAGGCUUUCAUCACUGGAAAUUAUUGGAAUGCUUUAGCACAAUUUUCAAGUCAUCAACAGCAACAACAACAACAACAACAACAAUCUUCGUCAUCAAAUAAUCAAUCACAACAAAAUGCUCAAAUCAUUACAAAUCAACCGAAUCUCUCAUCAUUACUUCCAUCAUCAUCAUUUGUUCAACAUUUACGAGACAAAAAUCUUUUGCCUGGUCUGCUUAAUCCAUCAACGUUUGGACAGCUUCCAUUUUCACCCACUGGUUCAAUGGAAUCAAUGUUCAACAAUCAAUUACAUUGUUCAGUCAAUCCAGUAACAAAUAGCCGUAACACUUCCAGUUCUCCAAAUCCAUCGUCCAUAAAUGAUGCAAUCAAUCUCUAUCUUCCCGGUGCUCAAAACAAUGCGGCUAAUCAUUCGGAUAAUUUCCAAACAAAAGAUCACCACUCAACAACAAAUCGUCAUUCUAAUAAAAAAGAUUCAAACGAUCCGACAUUCAGUCCAACCAGUAUUCGUACGAAAGCAUCCCAUUCAAAUAGUUCAGUCAAUAAUUCUAAUAAAAACGAAUCAAUUGUAACAUGUCAAAGUAAAUUACUUGGAGCCAAAAUUAUUCGACAAGUUAAAAAAGAUGGUGAAGGCAAACCUCAUGUGAAACGGCCAAUGAAUGCAUUCAUGGUGUGGGCAAAAGAUGAAAGAAGAAAAAUUUUAAAAGCAUGUCCAGAUAUGCAUAAUUCAAAUAUCUCAAAAAUUUUGGGUGCACGAUGGAAAGCAAUGACCAAUUCGGAAAAACAACCAUACUAUGAAGAACAAUCACGUCUUUCCAAAGUACAUAUGGAACAACAUCCGGAUUAUAGGUACAGGCCUAGACCGAAACGUACAUGUAUAGUUGAUGGUAAAAAACUUCGUAUUUCUGAAUAUAAACAGUUGAUGAAAAAUCGUCGAGCCGAAAUGCGUGGAAUAUGGUACAAAGAUUCAAAUGAUAAUCAAGAAAUGAAUCCUAAUUUAAUGUCCGGUUUGGAAAAUGUUGAUUCAAGUGCAGUUGCAUCUGCAGCCGCAGCUGUAAUGCAUUCAAUAUUAAAUGAUCCUCAAAAUGUCAACACAUCACAAAUGUCUUUCCAAUCGGAUUCAUACCAUUCAGAUGAUUCAAGCAAUAUGGGAAGAGAUGAAGAUUUUGAUUUGGAUUCAGAAUCAGGACGUUCCACUUCAUCCAAUCAAAUGGCCAAUGUUGAUGACUAAGAAUAUAAUACAGUAAUACCCCGCUUAACGCGGGGUUACGUUCCAAAAAUUCUGAGCGUUAAGCGAAACAGCGUUAAGCGGGGCUAUUUUUACAUAAUGCAUUUUUACCCUUCAUAUACAACGUAACAAUGUAAUGUAAUGUAGGGUAAUUGUACAGCGUUAUAUCGAAUCAGCGCUAAACGGGGCAGCGUUAAGCGGGGUAUUACUGUAUAAUAAUGAUAAAAAUAAAUCGAUAAAAUCUAGUUUGGAAACUUUUAUCACAAUCAGAAUGAUUUUUAUGUACAUAAAAUCAUUAUUACCAUUUUGUAUAGAUGGCCAACGUUUCUUCUUUUUGUCUAAACAUAUCUUUUUCACCAUUAAUACAACAACAAUAUCAUCGUUACUUUCCACUAAUUAUUAAUCUCAUCAUCAUUUGAUUCCAUAAUCACAAAUUAAUCUAUCAGAAAAAAACUAUGAAGAAUUCUAUCUUUCUCUCUCUCAUUUUCAUUUAUUAUUCAUCAUCCAACAAAGAAAAAAUCAUUAUCACAUCACCAUUGAUCAUCAUACACAUACCAAUGAGCUUAAAUAGUACGACAUCAUCGUCAUCAUCAUCAUCAUCAUCAUCAUCAAUUAUUCUCCAUUGGCUUCUCAUUAAGAAGAAAUUUCAUUUUAAUUUUCUCUAAAAUAAAAAUUCAUUCGCCGAGCAUAAUCAUAAACACACAACAAUCACAGAAAUUAUCUAUGCGUACAAACAAGUUAUCAAAAAAAAAAAUUUUUUUUUUCACUUUGAUCGAUCCUCUUUCGAAAUGGGUACAAAAAAUAAAAAUAAAAAGUUCAUUGAAUUGACA